GUUAUUGUAUUCAUCCGCGGGGUUACACGGCAAAAACAGCUUGAUAAAAACAGAGCGGAGCACAGCCGCUGUACAGCUUCUUCUGGUGUUUAUAAGCUAUAUCAGUGCCAUCUGUGAGCUCCCUGAGCGCAGACGACGAUUCAUCAGCCUUCAGAGUCUUACUGUUCCAGGUGCCAUGAAGUUCCAGUACAAAGAAGAGCACCCGUUCGAGAAGAGGCGAUCAGAGGGAGAGAAAAUAAGGAAGAAGUAUCCGGACAGGGUGCCUGUAAUUGUUGAAAAAGCCCCCAAAGCCAGAAUAGGAGAUUUGGACAAGAAGAAAUACCUUGUCCCCUCUGACCUCACAGUGGGCCAGUUCUAUUUUCUCAUCCGAAAACGAAUCCACCUGAGGGCUGAGGAUGCUCUAUUCUUCUUCGUAAACAACGUCAUUCCUCCUACCUCUGCAACCAUGGGCCUUCUAUACCAGGAGCACCAUGAAGAGGAUUUCUUCCUCUACAUUGCCUACAGUGAUGAAAGUGUGUAUGGAGAAUAGAACCAAAGGAGAAAUCUAAUUUCACUCCUCCCUUACCUUCCUUUAAAAAGAAUAUAUAAACCCACAUCGGCAGCCUAGAGUUCUCAGAGCUAAGACAUCAGAUGCACUUUUGCCGUCUUUCUUUUUUAUAAUUUCUUUUUAUGUCUCAUUCUUCAUUCUGCAGUUUGCUUUAUUUUUGGUUUUUAUUACGUGAAGGUUUUGGCAAGUCCUUUUUCUUUGCUACAUCAUGGUUACAGGCUGGCCCCAAGCGGCAGUACUUGAUGGUAAUGGAUAUUACUUGAAGGUGUUUUGUAAUUUUGCAUAGAUUUUGGACUUUUAUCUUUGUUUCACUAAAUCUAGAGUUUUCUCCCUAACUUGGGGAAGCAUGUUUUCGGGCCAUUGUACAUUUGAGUGCUGCUGGCACCUGAUGACCAGUCAGUUAUAAAAACCAGGCUAAAGUAAACAUCUUUGUCUGCUCUCCAGUAUGUGGUUUAAUGAUUACAACCUGAUAUGAAUAUUUAAUAUAUUAGGUAUUCUUGUAUGUAGAUUGUUUAGGUGAUUUGAUUUAUGAUAUUGUAAAGCUUAAGGAUUUGAUUUAGAUCACAGUUUUAAUUUCUUCUGUUGUGUUCUUUUUUUUUUUUUUUUUUUUUUUUUUUGAACUCGGUAUUCAGCUGCAUUUCUGGUACCCUUGAAUUAUGGUGACCAUAUAAACUAAUCACAAACUGUC